AUGGUUAUCUUAGAGCUCAUUCCCUUCUUCUUCUUCCUCCUCCUCUUCUCUGCCGUCGACGGCGAAUGCCCAAGUUCCGUGUGCAACAAACAUGAGCCGAUUAUUCGAUUUCCUUUCAGAUUGACAGGUGCCCAGGCCAAGAACUGUGGGUAUCCAGGGCUCGAUCUUAGUUGCGACAUGGGUAGGACAAUUCUCAAGCUGCCGUCUUCAUCAAGACAGUUUUUCGUGAGGAACAUCAACUAUUUCAUGCAGCAGAUUCAAAUAUACGACCCGUCGGAUUGCCUGCCGGAACGGCUGAUGAACCUCAGUCUUUCCGGUUCCCCUUUCGUGGGUAUCCACUAUCAAAACUAUACUUUCAUGAAUUGCCCGUCGGAGUUCACUACAUCUCGGUUCACACCCAUCCCUUGCCUGAGUAACUCUACGCGCAGCGUUUUGGCCAUCACGCCUAACAGCCUUGCUAGCAUGAUGAACAGUACGCCAUGCGAGACUAUCACGACCGUCUCGGUUCCGGUUUCCGGAGGGUAUCAGUAUGAAUCUGGGUUUUCAUCUAGCCUCGACGGUGACCUUCUUCUGACGUGGGUUAAACCUAACUGUGGAGAUUGUGAAGUUCGGGGAGGAGUUUGCUCAUUCACGAACAACUCCAGUCUUGAUGUCGGAUGCUUCGAUAAAGGCAGUGCAAACCAAUCGCCAAAGGGUCUCCAAGUGUUCAAAGGAAUCGUACUGGGCAUUGUCRUACCUUUCAUCAUGUUCUCCAUCUGUAUAGCAAGCUACGUGUGCGCCGCAAGCAAGUGUAGCGAUUCCAGAUACAAUGAACCCCAGCCGCAGCAUGGCGCUGUAGUCUCUCCACAACCCACGGUUGUGGUGAUGGGUCUAGACGAGCCCACCAUCCAAUCUUACAACAAGUUGGUGCUGGGAGAGAGCAGGCGCCUGCCUGGACCCAACCACCGUGUUUGCUCCAUAUGUCUGUCGGAGUAUCAGCCCAAGGAGACAUUGAGAUGCAUACCCGAGUGUCAGCACUGCUUUCACGCCGAUUGCAUUGACGAAUGGCUCCGGAUGAACGCUUCAUGCCCUCUUUGUCGGAAUUCUCCUCCUCCCCCUCAUCUCAUUCUCACCUAAUUUCCACUUCUUUUAAAUCGCUUAGUUUUUCACUUUUUCUUGGGUAGUUGUUUGUAUACCAAGUCUAAUUGUUUAAUUCUUUUGUUUUUCUCCUCUUUUCCCUGUGAAAUUGUAGACUUGUUUGUAAUCUGUAGAUAAUAUUAGUGAUUUUGUGAGAACUGCUAACUGCCUAGCCCAUUUACAUGGAAAGGAAAGGCCUGCUUAACUGUUUUGUCUCUUUAUUUGUUCGUUCUCAUUUU